GUUCUGAUGAAUGGAGCUGUUAUCGUGCAAAAUACGUGGAGGGUGAACACUGAAGAGGACUUCACAUCUCCAUGGGCUAACUCUACUAUGACUUUGUGGGUGGAGAUGCUGAACUUCGGGGCCGUCGUGGCAGUCGCCUUCUUCUUGCAAGCCGCGCUAAAGAGAAACAUCAGCCAGAAUAUGAGCAUGGGCAAGACCACAAAUGAGCUUAAGGCUUCUACGGAGCUGCUACGGUUGACUUGUGAUGCUGUGGUAGAACUGGAUGAGAACUUGUGUUUCGUUGCUCAUUCUCCGGCCCUGGCUGGGAUGUUGCUCCGAACCCGUCCCGGUUAUACGCUCGAAGGCGUGUGCUUCACCGACCUCAUCGCCACACCCGAAGAGGCGGAGAGAGCGGUGGAGAUCUUGAACUCCACCCAAGCAACCGCAGAAAUGGAUGGGACAGCAGAGGCCAGCGCCAAUGCCUUCCACACACGGCUCACAGACAGCUGCUCAAGCACCUUCCGAACUGAAGUCUUCCGGGUCAGGCUGGCAACUCUCGAUGGCAGACGUCGACACUUGAUAGGCUUGCGCGACUUCACGGACGACCAGGCACUGGCCAACGAUGCCAUCGAUGCUCAGGCAAGCUCUGCCACAAGCAGUGCAGGAGGAGGAGUCACACCUUUGUCACCUUUGCUUGGCAUACCUGGUCAUACCUUGGCUUCGGCAGCUCGUCGAUCGGUCCGCAAUAGCUCACCCGAAAAUGGGGGCGGAAGUGGUAGCGGAACUGACGACGAUUCGAGGACACAAGCAGCACACCUGGAGUUGGACCUCAUCUCAGAAACUGUUCUCAGCGCAUCCAUGGCGGUGCAAGGUAUGGAAGGCCAAGGCUUCGGCCAAGUCUUCCACGAAGAGGGCGUGAAGGUCAUGAGACAGGUUUGGAUGGAUGUGCAGGAGUUGGAGAAGAAGGGCGAAUUAGCUGGCAAGACCAUUCGCAUCGGUGAUCUUCAGGUGCGAAAACCCUCUGGUAUUCCGUUGCAGGUUUGGGCUAAUGUGGAGGUCCUGCGGGGGAGGGGUGGGGAAAGAAGGCUCUUACUGUGCUUCAAGGUGCCUUUGGAAAAGAAAUCUUCCCGUCGCAGUGGUAGAGGGCGCAGCGGCAGCCAGCUCGGGCUCACCGGUCCAUCCAAAACGCAGCGAAAGCGUCAACCAGAGAUUGUCUCUGUGUGA